ACCAUAGCGAUCCAAGUGCGAAGGCACAGGGUAAACGCAGGGGAAACCAAUCACUAUGGCCAUGCGGUUGCGGCGGAGGAGUGCCUUCCACGGCAGCGGCCAGCCUCAACCCAACAUGGACGACCACGGCACGCACUCCGAGCGCGUCACCAAAGUCGCCGGGAACCCCUGCCACGCCGGCGGCGGCGGCGGCGCCGCCGCCGCCGUGCAGCAACACACGGCUGUGCACACGGAGUCGUUCAAGGAGGUGGACGGGGACGGCUACGACCCCCGCCGCGGCCACAACAACCACGCCCUCCAGCAGCAGGCGCACCUCCAGUAGAUGCCAACGUUGAUGCAUGGGGUACACACUGCACUGCAGCUAAAAUGAUCCGGCAAAAAAACGGGCUACUCGUACGUACGUAAAUAAAUUGUGCUCCCCCAGUUGAUCCAUCCGUGCUCUGCAUCCACCGAUAUGAAAAUUUGUGCGCUGUACCGGCUGGUAUAUCAGGCCUGCUCGUUUGAUUUAGCUCAGCUCGUAUGAUUGCUUGUCCCUUGUCUCCUCAGAAGUUAAGGCCAUGUUUAGUUA